AGCAAGACAGCAGCCUCUCAGCUGGAGAAAUGUGAAACUGCUCUGAUAGUGGUUGAUUGUAAGGCGUACCAACUUGGAAUACUUUAUGGCGAUGUGAGUACAUUAAAAUAAGAAGGCUGCAAGCUAUGAUUGGCAAAUGCGUAUUGCUACAGUGCAGGUUUAUUUAAUUAUAAUUAUAAUUUAAUUAUAAUUAAAAAUUUCAGUUGGCGAUACACGAGAUUGAAGAACUUGUAUCCAACCAGGAGACAGACACCAGAGUUGUGCUGUACCUCGACUAUGCCGUCAGGCGUGGAUUCAAAUCGGCUGUGGUCAGGACGUCAGACACAGACAUCUUUAUCCUGCUUCACUAUGUGCACUCAAUCCCAAUUACCAUAUACCUAGAUACUGGAUCUCGAAAGCAUCGUCAAAUUAUAAAUGUCAGUGAGCUAUCAGAAUCUAAAGGAGCCGACUACUACACUGCGCUGCUCGGUCUAUACUUGUUUACCGGUGAAGAUGUUCCAAGUGCGUUAAAGGGCAAGGGUAAGGUGGGACCCUUAAAAAAGCUGCAGAACCAUCCUAGGUACCAUGACGCAUUUAUGUGACCGUUUUUGCUUUACAUGGCAGUAAUGAGUUGUAAUAUUGACACCUGCUAGUAAAUUAAUAAUGUUGCCAUCAUUUGUUUUGUUCUUGUUUUCGUUUAGAAAACUUGGAGAUGAGUGGUCUGUAGAUCAAGACGUUACAGAUGAACUAGAGGCAUUUACGUGUUUGAUGUAUGACUACACGCGGGAGAAGUCUGUUGAUUCCGUACGCAACAUAAUGCUUAAGAAGAUGGUAGGAGAGAAUGAGGAACCUACAAUGAGAUCAAAAGAAGACCUGUCCCGGCUUCCACCUUGCAAAGACAACUUCAUUCCACAUGUUUGGAGAGUGAAUUACCGCCUUGCCAACUGCAAAAGAGCUCAACAGGCGACAUUUUGGCGCCCCAAUCCCUACGAUUCAGGCCAGGGUUGGCAGAAGACCGAGGAAGGUAUCCUAGGGACGGUGUGA